UCAGAGGUUGUGAAGCUGUCAUGGCGACCCUGUGUCGGACCCGUGCUGUGGCUGCCGAGAGCCAUUUUCUGCGAGUGUUUCUCUUCUCCAGGCCCUCUCGCAGCGCAGGCACCGAGAGUGGCUCUGAGAGUGGCAGUGCGGAUUCCAAGGAGCCUAAGACGCGCCCCGGCGGCUUCGCGAGCGCGUUGGAGCGGCACUCGGCGCUGCAGCGGAAGGCAGAGGACUCUCCAAAAAAUGUGGAAUCCUUUGCAUCCUUGCUGAGACGUUCUCCUCUUACACAGAUGGGACCUGCCAAGGAUAAAGUAGUCAUUGGACGAAUCUUUCAUAUUGUGGAGAAUGAUCUUUAUAUAGAUUUUGGUGGCAAGUUUCACUGUGUAUGUACAAGACCAGAAGUGGACGGAGAGAAGUAUCAGAAGGGAACCAGGGUCCGUCUGCGGCUAUUAGAUCUUGAACUUACGUCUAGGUUUCUGGGAGCAACAACAGAUACAACUAUACUAGAGGCUGAUGCAGUUCUCUUAGGACUUCAGGACAGUAAAGACUCAAAAUCAAAAGAGGAACAUCGUGAAAAAUAAAUGAACUUUGCUUAGUGGAUUCACUCCUUUGUUGAACACAGAUAUUCAUCAAGAAUGCAAUUAGAAAAUUGUGAAUAAAUGAUUGAAUUAAGAUGCAAUAAAUGAAAACUACAAUUAUA